AUGCAGAUCCCGGAAGCAGAGGUGCGACCAGAAACUUCCGGCGUGCUCCAAUUGCGAGAGAAGCGGGGUCGAAUCUACAUCAAGAAUCUCGAAGAUCACGUUGCAUAUCUGGAGACUCAACUACUCUCCCAUGGAAUCCAUGACUUUGAGGCCCCUUCCUCAGGCUUCACGCCCCUGACAAGUAAUAGUCUUGAUCUUUCGUUAGAACCAAACACCAUCCAUGAGUUGGGGAGACAACCCGAUGAUCUGGUCGGCCAGAUUCCCCUUGAAUGUGUACAGUCUGAAAGCUUCACUACAUCGAUAAACGGCUAUAAUGGACUUUCUCUACUGCGAUCCUUGCUGGCUGACCCAAUAGCCAAGGCGAUGGCUGGCAGCAACCAAUCCGACCACCACGCUCUGCUUCAUGAACUUCCCUACGAAACACGCGCAAGCAUGCCUCCCAAAGAGGCAACUAUCCGCUUAGUUGACACUUAUUUCGAACACUGCGACUUCUUCUCUCCUAUCAUUUCGUCCAAGGAAGACUUUCUGGUCAUGGUUGAGCCCCUAUACGGUUCGACCAAUGUAGAUCCAAAGCUGGCUUGCGCCAAAUUUCGAGCCCUCGUUGUUUUCGGGACCGCGGUGCUACUUCUAAACAGGCGCGAUUCUUCUGUACCGAUAUCAAGAUCUGAGGGCUAUUUUGCCGCUGCAAUUCGAAUCCUCUCCCAGCAUCCCGACUCGAUUUGCACGGGGGAUCUCGAGCACCUUGCCAAUCUGCUACUUCUCGUCCAGCAUUUCUGCUUCUCUUCUAAUCUGACCGCUGCGUGGCAUUUUAUUGGUCUAAGCACGCGUUUAUCAAUCGAAUUGAAUCUGCACAAUGAAAGAGGAACAGGAGCACAACAGGACCAGACGGCCAUGGACCAUUGUAGAUGGUUAUUCUGGUCAACGUACGUGCUCGAGCGUAACCUUUGUACCAUUGUCGGCCGUCCGUUCUCCAUUCCAGACGAGUCGAUCAGUACACCGCUUCCUGAAGUCCCCAAAGACAACCCACGUCGACAGCUAGCUUACCACCUGCUUAAAUGCCGCCGGCUCGAAUCAGAAGUACACGUGACUCUCAGCCAAAGUGCUCCGUUCAAUGGUGCCGUCCUGGAUGCGGAGACAUGGAGGAGGAGCAUGCGACAGCGACUAGAUGAGUGGUUUACUUCUGCCCCCAUGGUAGAGCACUCGACUCAACUCGCGCCGACCGACAUCGUAACCGGAUACUAUCAUAACAACAUGGUGCUUCUCUACUAUCCUUCGCAUCUUUUGCCGACCACAUCCGCCGAAGAUCUGAUGGAAUUGGCGCAAAAUGCAACCAAGAGCAUUGAAUGCUAUCGGCAGGCAUUUCGAGCAGGAAAAUUGCGCUUCUACUGGCGAACCGUACACAACCUUUUCCGGAGCGGUGUAGCUCUGGCAUAUUGCACCUAUGCGGCUACUAUACCACAUGAUGGGCACAUUGAUUUGGGAGAUGCAGACGCGUCGCUCAAUUCAUGUUCCUCGGUUCUCUGGGGUAUGGUUGAGAGAUAUCCAAGGGGAAAACCCUACCGCGAUAUAUUCGAAUCUAUUGUCAGUUCACUCUCUAAGCAGAGAGACAGCCAGAGAGAACAGGUACCAUCGGGAGAAUUUCCGACUUCAAUAUUUCAUGACAUUGUAGGCUUUGAUCACACGGAGUUCCCACUUUCGGUAAUGGAUUCGAUGUCUUGGGAAUUUAACGACGAUCCCGGGCAGGUGAGGUGA